AUGAUGUGGGGCCGUAGUGUAGGAUUGAGAGCGCUUUUGAAUGAUGUUGGUGGUGCCUGUGGUGGUGGUGGUGGUGGUGAUAGUGGUGGUGAUGGUGGUGGUGAUGGCGGUGCUGGUGAUGGUGGUAGUGAUGGCGGUAGUGGUAGUGGCGGUGGUGGUGGUGAUGGUAGUGGUGGUGGUGAUAGUGGUGGUGAUGGCGGUGGUGGUGGUGAUAGUGGUGAUGGUUGUAGUGGUGAUGGUGGUAGUGGUGAUGGUGGUAGUGCUGGUGGUGAUGGUGGUGGUGACAGUGGUGGUGGUGGUGAUGGUGGUAGUGGUGGCGGUGGCUGCGGCAGUAGUGGUGGAGCUGUCUACUGCGGCAGAGGUUUAACAGCUGGUGCUCCCCAAUCCCACAAAUCCGAGAUAGGCGUUCUGCUGCAACAAAAAUUAGCCCGUACUAUCGGUUUUUAA